AUGACGGCAAGUGUUUCCCAAAUUCAGCCUCUGUUCAAGCUGUCGAACAGUGCUGACGCUGCAGUGACCUCUGUCAUGCCAGGAGACGAGACAGCGGUGACGUAUUUCGCCAGGCGAAGGGGCCAGCUGGAACCGUUCGACGUGUCCGCUAGCGACUCUGCUUCGUAUGAAAAGAGGUUAACUUUGUUCUUGAUCGUGAUCGUCAACCGAGUUCAGAGCCCGUUGUCAAAGAGCGGCUCAUGGAAAGUCCUAGGAAAGGUGCUGAACGAGACGCAUGUCCUCGCAAAGUUUCUCGGCACCGUGACAGACACCAAGGAUUCAGAAAGGUCGGCGGAUCCGGAGAUGGCUUACACAAUGUGGACUUCGGGAUCAACUGGAGAACCAAAGACGGUGCAGGUGCCCCACUCUUGCAUCGUACCUAACGUGCUUCACUUGAGGGAGAUUUUCAACAUCACACCGGAGGACGUCAUUUGUGGGCCGUGUCCUCUGACCUUCGAUCCCAUUGUGAUACAAAUCUUCUUGGCGUUGACAUCGGGAGCGACCCUACUCCUCCCGUCCGAUGUUAUCGGGGAGAGACCUUCAGAGAUUGUUAAGCUUGUGACGGCCCACAAAGUUAGCUUCCUGCAGGCAACUCCUAGCUUCUUCUUCACCAUCAGAGCCGACAUCCUGAAGAAAUCCCUGCUGUCCCUGGACACGAGCCUUCGAAUCCUUGCUCUGAUAGGCGAAGAGUGUCCUUCAGUUAGCGUGCUCAAGCGCUGGAAGAGCAAUGAAAAUGCGACGGAGUUCUACAACUUGUACGGCAUCACCGAGGUGUCGUGUUUUGCCACCUGCCAAAAAAUUGAUUUCGGAACAGAUGGCGCUGUCCCUCUCGGCGAUCCGUUAGAUGGAACCUUACUCGAAGUGCGGAACGAUUCAGGGGAAGUCAUUGAAGAAGGGGAAGGCACGCUUUUCAUCGGUGGAACCAACCGCCGGUGUCUCGUGGGCAACGAGACGUGGCGAGACGUCGACCCGGUACUCUUUCGAGACACUGGCGAUCGAGUGAAAAAAUGUGGGAGCGUCCUCACGUUCCUAAAUAGGAACGACUCGAGUUUCCAGUACAAUGGCCGAAAGGUGCGCGGUGAUCCCGCGACAGCCAUCCUGCUCCGCUCGCCUUCCGUCGAAAGCUGUCGGACCCACUUCUCGAAGGAAGAAAAGAUGCUGUACAUCUUCGUCACGCUGUCGCCCGGCUGCGUUGCAGAAGACGUCCUGCCCUCCCUGACCAAAAGCAUCGAGACGGAGUGCCUCUGCCCGUUCGAAAUCCUCGCGUUGAACUCGUCGCCGCUGAACAGACACGGGAAACUCGACCUUAAGGCGCUGCUUAAAACAAUUUCAAAGAAGAUGAAUCACGCUGCUGCAUACAAUCGGCUUCUGUCUACCUUGUGGAAGAAAUUCACCACCAGGACCACGGACAUCAUUGAUUCACAGGAAAACUUUCUUCAGCACGGAGGAAGUACCCUGAGGGCUUCCACCAUCUGUCAAGAAAUGGAGUUCGCGACAAAGCACCCCCUGCCACUUUUGCCCGGCAAGGUUUUGCAUGAAACGUUCGGGGCGGUCACCGCUUACCUGAACGAAAUCAUCGAAGGAACCGUUCCACGAGAUUUCGGUUUGCAAGGUUAA